GCGGCGGGCUGUGUUGAAGUGGGCUGUGUUUGAGGUUGGUUCGCAAGCGCUCGCCCAGUUCCAGUUCUCGUGCCGACGACCUCCGCUGUGCGUGCGUCUGUGCAGGGUCCCCGGUGGGGCGGGUACCCAGGAAGUGCUCGGACUCGCAGGGGAAGCGCCCAGGGGGACGUGAUUGCUUGUUUUUUUUUCCUGUAUGAAGCGUUUGGCACCACUGAAGUGACCGAAUGAGAGACUCUACAGGGGUAGGUAAUUCACUGGUCCACAAGCGGUCUCCUUUACGUCGAAACCAAAAGACCCCAGCAUCCUUGACCAAGCUGUCUUUACAGGAUGGACAUAAAGCCAAAAAGCCAGCAUGUAAAUUUGAAGAGGGUCAGGAUGUCCUAGCUAGAUGGUCAGAUGGCUUGUUUUAUCUUGGAACUAUCAAAAAGAUAAACAUAUUGAAACAGAGCUGCUUCAUCACAUUUGAAGACAGUUCUAAAUCCUGGGUUCUCUGGAAGGACAUUCAAACAGGAGCCACUGGAAGUGGGGAAAUGGUCUGUACCAUAUGUCAAGAAGAGUAUUCUGAUGCUCCCAAUGAAAUGGUUAUAUGUGAUAAAUGUGGCCAAGGAUAUCAUCAAUUGUGUCACACACCUCAUAUUGAUUCCAGUGUGAUUGAUUCAGAUGAAAAAUGGCUCUGUCGUCAGUGUGUUUUUGCAACAACAACAAAGAGGGGUGGUGCACUUAAGAAGGGACCAAAUGCCAAAGCAUUGCAAGUCAUGAAGCAGACAUUACCCUAUAGUGUGGCCGAUCUUGAAUGGGAUGCAGGUCAUAAAACCAAUGUUCAGCAGUGUUACUGCUAUUGUGGAGGCCCUGGAGAUUGGUAUUUAAAGAUGCUGCAGUGUUGCAAAUGUAAGCAGUGGUUUCAUGAGGCUUGUGUGCAAUGCCUUCAAAAGCCAAUGCUAUUUGGAGACAGAUUCUAUACAUUUAUUUGCUCUGUCUGCAGUUCUGGACCAGAAUACCUCAAACGUCUACCAUUACAGUGGGUAGAUAUAGCACACCUAUGCCUUUACAACCUAAGUGUUAUUCACAAGAAGAAAUAUUUUGAUUCUGAACUUGAGCUUAUGACAUACAUUAAUGAAAACUGGGAUAGAUUGCACCCUGGAGAGCUGGCAGACACACCAAAAUCUGAAAGAUAUGAGCAUGUUCUGGAGGCAUUAAAUGAUUAUAAGACCAUGGAAGUAAGCAAUGGCUUAGAAAAAAAAGGAAAGAAAAAAUCUGUAGGUCGUCCACCUGGCCCAUAUACAAGAAAAAUGAUUCAAAAAACUCCUGAGCCACCUUUGGAUAAAGAAUCAGUUUCAGAGAACCCUACCUUGGAUUUACCUUGUCCAAUGGGGAGAACUGAAGGAAUGGCACAUUCAUCUAAUACCUCAGAUGUGGAUUUCACGGGUGCUUCCAGUACAAGAGAAACUACCUCGUCUAGCAUUUCUAGGCAUUAUGGAGUGUCUGACUCCAGAAAAAGAACACGCACAGGAAGGUCUUGGCCUGCUGCAAUACCACAUUUGCGAAGGAGGAGAGGUCGUCUUCCAAGAAGAGCACUCCAGACUCAAAAUUCAGAAAUUGUAAAAGAUGAUGAAGGCAAAGAAGAUUAUCAAUUUGAUGAACUCAACACAGAGAUUCUAAAUAACUUAGCAGAUCAGGAGUUACAACUUAAUCAUCUAAAAAACUCCAUUACCAGUUAUUUUGGUGCUGCAGGUAGAAUAGCAUGUGGCGAAAAAUACCGGGUUUUGGCUCGUCGGGUGACACUUGAUGGAAAGGUGCAGUAUCUUGUGGAAUGGGAAGGAGCAACUGCGUCCUGACUGUAGGACUGAACAUUAUGUUCACUGCACUCUUGUUUCUGUAGGUACAGUUCAAAGCCCUAAAGGAGUCUGGCUUUUAGUAUCUUUCUUAUAAAAAGAAAAGAAAACAAAAAAUAAAAUCACAAAAGGAGAUGAUACGAGCCUUAACAUGUACCUGUCAAUGUUAUGGAUUUUGUCAUAAAAAAACUAUCUUUUAAAAAUCAGAACAGAGACUUAAUUUUUUAAAUAUUAAGGUUUGUAGAAUGUUUCUAGAAUAGGACAUUAAAAAUGAUUCGAACCAAUGCAUGGUGUUAGAUAAUUUUUCUAAAUAUUCCAUUGAGUCCGUUUUUGUGAUUAGUGGUUAUAAGAGCAAACACAUCAUGUAGAUAGCACAGAUAUUUUCAGAAACAUUGUCUGUUUUGUUACCAAAUGUUGGAAAAAAUUUAUUUCAAUACCUUUUAGAUUUCAUAAAGUGCAGUGUAUAUAAUGCCUACUGAAAGAUUGUAAAAUAUUGAAAUUUCUUUCAAGCAAAGUGUAAAAAAUAUAUUGAGCCUGUAAAUUGCUCUGUGACUAGACUUCAUUGUCGUCUUAAUAUAUUCUUUGCAUGUGCAUAUAUAUACACACAACUGUGUAUGUAUAUGUGUGUGAUUAUGUGACCUAUGCAAUACAAAUUAUGGGAAUGGGCAGCUCUGGAGUAUAUAUCCCAUAAUUCUUUUUUCAGGAAUAGUUGCAGUAUUUACACAGCAGCAUUUCUUCUCAGGCUUAUAUUGGGUGCUGUUGCUUGCUAUGUAUGAAGAGAAAUGUGUCAAACAAGUUUAGUAUGUUCUGAUGAUGAAGGGUGUGAACAAGUGUUCAUGGGCUUUUAGUUUGCUUUUUCACUUUCAGUCCUUGUAACUCAGCUGUUCAAACCCUAAAACAAAUUCAAAUAAUACAAAUAUUAUCUCCUACUCGAAGUACCAUUUUCAGAUUUUCAUGGCACAUUAUGAUUGUAAAUGUCUCUCGGUUUUAACAGUUAGUCUGUAGGAGUCCCGUGAAGAUUCCUGAAAUGUCUGUAGUAAUUGUUAGUUAUGUUUAAGUGUAGUAUGAACAAAGUAUUUUAUUGCACAGGGUUAAGAAACAGUAUGUUGCUAGCUGAGGCGACUGCUGUUUUAUUACAACAUUACCUCUUGUUUUAUAAAAUGUACCAAGAUUUAAAUUGAUAAUUUUAUUUUACAUGUAAAUUUUUUCUCUUUUAUCACCAGUGUUAGAGUUGUCUUCUGUUUCUUUUUUGUUUUGUUUAUUUUUUUAGCCAAAGAGUGAACAGAAGAGUAUCCUUAUUUUGGUGGCUGUUCAUUUUACUCUUAAAAGUAAUCGAUGGAUUUUAGCCUAAAAAUUGGGGUAUUGCCACCAAAAUGGAAAAAAAAAAAGUAUAAUUACAGAUUGAUAAAACUGUGGGUUAGUACUUAUUUAUUCCAUUAAUUGCUUAUUUGACUGUUUAUAAAGAAAGUUGCUUUAUUUCUUUAAACAUCUUCAAAAGAUGAUUGUUUCUUGGCACAUUGUAGCCAAAAGAAGCAGAGAACUUCCUCGUCCUGCAUUUGGUUCCUGGUUGUCCAGGUAUAAAUGAGCUUUACAAAAGUGCAAAUUAAAAACUGUCAUUUCUGUUUACCUCCACCAAAACUUGAUUUUUUUCCCCUAGCUAUUAAUUUAAAGUUGCCUUUCCUGCAGCUGCAAUAUUUUGAAUAACACACAGAGUUUGUGUUGGUUUUUGAAUGUUUGUUUAUAUCUAGGGGUAAUGGAUAAUGUAACUCCGUGUAACCUUAUUCACUCCAUCUGUAUCAUAUUAUUUCAUUUUCCUCUAAGUCCCCUUAUUCUAACGAAACACCAGCAGUAUUUUUAGUAGCUCAUUCUUUAAUAUACGUGGAAGGUGAUUUACCAAGCUGAACGGUCUUUAGACGUAAUUACUGUGACUGUCUGUCUUAUUUUAUCACCGUGGUUCUCUUAUGUUCAGUUUGUAUUUUUGGAAUUGCUUUACUUAGAAUUACAACAGACCAACAUUAAAUGUGUGUAUUUUUAAAGA